AUGCCAACAUUGACACAUCUAAUUUUCUCUCUCUCUUUUUGGGAUGUCUCAAUUCUAUUCGGUACCCUUUUAAUACUUUACAUUACUAGAUUCUAUUACUUAUAUUUUACCCGCGAAACUCCAUUCCCUGGUCCAAUUCCACUGCCCUUAAUUGGCAAUGUCGUUCAAAUAAUUCUUAGUGGCGACUUUAACAAGUGGGUCUUGGAAACCCAAGCUAAAUAUGGUGACAUAUGGGAAGUGUAUAUCGGCAGCGAAAGACAACUUUGGCUGGCCCGAGCCGACUUGGUCGAAAAUAUAUUGACCGCAUCAAAAAACAACAAGUAUUUUAUCAGAAACCUUCCCAACAGCGGAAUUGAUGAAAUAGGACUAUCAUCUAAUGGAAUCGCAUUUAAUAGAAAUAAAGAACGAUGGCACUUUUAUAGAAAAAUGUUCGCUCAGACGCUUACUACAAUAAAGUUUUCUAGGCAAGCCACAGAAUGGGUUCAGCAGGCCUUUGCCAAUAUGGAAGGAUAUUUUAUGGAGUUGGGCUUCGACAAGAAAGAGUUCAAUUUUGCUGAUUGGAUGCCUCGAUUUACCGCAGACAUGACAUUCCUUAUAGCAAUGGACCAGCACGCUUGCACGAUGGCUUCAUUAUAUAACUCUUAUAAUCCAUCCAAACCAGCUCCAUAUCCUCCAGAAGUGGUCAAGGAAGCGGAUAAAUUCAUUACCGCAUUACAAAAAUUUACCAGCACCAUAAAAUACUUUAUCCUCACACCUGAAAUAAUUCGCACCAAAACCCCUACUGGACGUAGUCAGUCAAAAGAACACAUGGACAAUCUAAACUGGCUUCAUGAAUUCGUGAUGAAAAUUAUCCAAAAAAAAAGAGAAGACAUUAGAAAGAUUCAGGAUAAGAAUCAAUUGAAAUCCGAUUUCUUGACAUUGAUGAUUACAGUAAAUACACCAAAGGAUAUGACACAGAAGCGGGUGGACGGUACCAUCGAAGAGCCAAUGACAGACGAAGAUAUUAAAGCUAGUAUGAUAGAAAUGCUGGGUGGUGGUAUUGAUACGACGGCAAAUUUGACUUGCUUCAUAGUCUACCUUGUAAUCAAGCACCCAGAAGUCAAAGCACGUCUCCGACAAGAACUUGACACGGUCUUCGGAACGGAUCUUUCUUGUCCAAUCACAUAUGACGAUUUGAGUAAAUUGGUAUAUACUGACGCUGUCAUUAAGGAAACUGGUCGACUCAUGCCUGUCACUUCUAUAAAUCUCCGUGUGGCCGAAGAAGAUGAUGUAAUCGGUGGAUAUUCCAUCAAGAAAGGUCAGCAAAUAGUAAUUUCCACCCUUGGAAUUCAACACAGCGCCAAACACUGGUCUAAUCCAAAGGAAUUCAAUCCUGACCGCUUUUUGGAACCCAACAGCCAUAACAUUGAUAGAUACUCGCUUGAAAUGUUUGGAGGUGGUGUGCGCAUAUGUCCCGGAAGGCAGUUGGCCAUGACAGAACUGAAAACCAUUGUUGCUUUGAUAUUCCGUAAAUAUGAUCCCGAAUUGGCCACACCCGAUACUGUGCCAAAAUACAAAUGCGAAUCUGUGAAUCAAUGCUAUGAACUGAUGUUGAGGUUUAAGCCGAGAAAGAUGGAAUGA